AUGUUGAAGCAUAUUAACUGUUUUUCCAAUUUCAAGAGCUUUUAUAUAGCGGUCCUGUUCCCUUCCAUUUCCACCCAUUUGCUCGUCGCGCGGGGCGGGUGGCAACAGUGCCACAUGUUUGCCCGCACCCCUUUGCUCCACAAAUUCCCACGCCAAGUAACAAUCCAGCGCAUCAGCCAGGCGCCUCCGCGCCCGUCGCAACAAACACACUCUACACUUAUCGUACAGAAUUCCUUCCUAGACUCCCACAUCUCAAGAACUCCAUGCGAUAUCCCAACAUCCCUAGAGUGCAUAAUGAAUGCAGCGCGAACGGCAAAACGAAUCCUUCUAGGACAUACGCUGUAA